UUCUUGAAAACAAUUUGCGCCCCCCCCCCUCCGAUCUCUCCGUCCCCCUGGUGAACCACUGCACUAGAUGACUCAUGUUGACUCUAGCCUUAAGGUGUGGACUCUUAUCACGUGACCUUGCUGCCCCAUAGUAUUUAGCAAAGGUGAGUUUCUCUUCUUGUUAAACAGGUUUUAACUCAGCGCAAGAGCACAAAGUCAGUUAACACGCUGCGAGACCAGAACACCUUUACUGCUGAAUAAAACAACUGGAUGCAAGAGUGCAUUCUCAGUCAUGUCCAGAGAUGCCAAGAUCGUGGUGGUGGGUGCAGGAUUUGCAGGUUUGGCUGCAGCAGCCUCUUUGGUCCAGGCUGGAUUUCAGAAUGUCAAGAUCCUUGAGGCUAAAGAGCGAGUAGGAGGAAGAGUUUGCACUACUAAACCAUUUACAGAGAACAUUAUUGAACUUGGUGCUAACUGGAUCCAUGGACAGAAUGGGAAUCCCCUCUACAAGUUAGCAAAAAAACAUAAACUGCUAGCUGAAGAAGCUUUGAUGGAUGACUCGGAGAGUUCUCGAGACUACUUUUUUAAGGAGGGUGGAGCACCCUUGCCAGAUGAACUUGCUGAUGAGGUCACCUCUCGAUUUGACAAACUCAUCUCCAAGGCAUUUGAUGAAAAAUUGCCACAAAAGUACAGAGCCCUUACUUUGGGAGAUUACCUUGAUGCGUCCUUUGCUGAAUCUGCUUUAGCAUCUUCAGAAGAUGGAUCAAGAAUUUUUGAAUGGUGCAAGAGAAAUGAAUGCACAGACGAAGCUACAUCUUCUCUAUAUGAAGUGUCUGCAUCUCAGGCUAGUGAAUAUAUUACACCUGAUGGGGAGUUCCAUAAUACCCUGGGUCCUGGGGGUUAUCAAGCAAUUUUAGAUCUUAUUCUGAAAGGUCUACCUUCAGGAACUAUUCUGAGCAAUACAGCAGUGAAGAGCAUCGAGUGGGACUCCCAGGGGAACAAAGGCAAAGAAGAGAAGCAUCCUGUAAGAGUGAUCUGUGAAAAUGAUCAGAUCAUUCAAGCUGACCAUGUGAUUGUGACUGUAUCUCUGGGGGUUUUAAAACAACAAGCAAGAACCAUGUUUGAACCUGACCUACCAAAAUCAAAGCUGGAUGCUAUUGAGAGACUCGGCUUUGGUACAGUGGACAAGAUCUUCCUGUGUUUCAGUGAGCGAUUUUGGCCAGAAGACUGUGAAGGAAUCCAACUUGUUUGGGACGAGGGACCUGAAGAUAAGGCAGUCUAUAGCAGUCAAGACGAAGAAGAUGACUGGGAAGAGACAUGGUUUAAAAAGAUUUCAGGCUUUGACGCUGUGGCCCGUCACCCUACAGUGCUCUGCGGCUGGAUCACAGGCAGAGAGGCUCUUCAUAUGGAGACCCUGCAGGACAGUGAGGUUGGAGAUAUCUGUGUAAGAUUACUCAGGUCUUUCACUGACUGGCCUGUUCCUGAUGUGUCGAAAGUUCUGGUCACUAAGUGGGGUCAUGAUUCUAAUGUCUAUGGCUCCUAUACAUAUAUUCCCAAGGAGGUGAAUGGCGUGAGAGAACAAAAAGCACUAGCAACACCUCUUCCUCCUCAGGGGAAAGCUUCACACAGUAAGCCUCUACAGGUGCUGUUUGCAGGUGAAGCCACUCAUGAGAACUUCUACACCACCACCCAUGGAGCCUAUCUGUCAGGGGUCAGAGAAGCACAGAGACUCAUUGACCACUACUCUCAUUAAGCCAUUAAGGUGUCUGUCCAUUGAGAACAUGAUGUGUGUACUGCUUUUUGCUUUUUUUUUAAUGUUGAUCCAUGAAAGUUUUAUGACUAAUAAUUUGAGAGAAUAAUUGUAGAAAUGUAUUCUUAAGAAGAAUAAUUGUUGGUGCUGUGUAUAGUUUGUAACAAUUGAAAAUGUUGUAAUGAAAAUGCAGAUGAUCCAUUGGUUGUGCUUAGUUUUCAAAAAUGCAGUGAAAAGAUAUAAGAAAGAUCUUGGCCCAAAACAGGAAGCGUUCUAAAGGAAGUAUUGUGGUGUAUAAACUGACAGUUAAUAGAAAGCCAAAAUGAAACUGUAUUUCACCAGAUGGCGAUGUUGUGCAAUUCACCCUUACUUGUGAUGACGCAGUAUGAAAGUGAAGUUUCUAGUUGGUUAACAGCAUGUAAGGUUCAUAGUAUGUAAGACCCUAAAAUCACACAACCAAUUUUCAUUAAAAAUAUAAAAUAAACAAGGCCUCAGCCAAUAAGAUUGGAAAUCAAAUAAAACAACAAUCCAGUUAGUUGAACACUUAGUUACAGUGUAAGAGGUUUGGAAAUAAAUGUCAGGGUGGUAGAUUUUCAAGAACUGGGCUGAUGACUUAUGGAAAAAAAAGAUUAACAGUGUACCUAUAAUCAGUGCAUUGAAGGGUGAGGUUACGAGUUACAGCAGUGUGCUGUUCACUAAGUUCUCUUUUCUAACAGUUAAUCUCAUGAAAUGUUAGAUGAUUUAUUAGUGAAUAUUAUCAAGUGCUUUAAAGUAAAUUCCUAGAGUACAGUGCUAUAACAUUACUAUACAGUCAUUAUAUCGGGUACUUUUUUUUUAAAACGUAACUUUUCCUCCAAUGUUCUUUCAGACUGUCCUUAUUAAACCUGCAAUAAAAUAAUCAUUAUAAAAUAUAACAGCAAGACUCUGUUGACAUCAGACAUAUUUUCCUGGCUUGAUUGCUUUUCUUUUGCAUACUAUAACAAGGACAUGGUACUCAUGUUUAUGACUUUAGCAUAUGUUUGCAUGUCUUAUUUAAUUUACAAGU